GUAAAUCCGGAUUGGUGGACAUCCAAACGACCUUGCUGGUUCAGGUGCUCGCACAGCCUUAUUUGGCGCCGCUUGCAUGUAAUACCCAUAUGUCAUAACCCCUCCUAUAACACCUUUCUCUUCCCAACCUGUUCAUCGAGCUUUCAACUACUCAAGACUUGUUAGGCUUAGGUCAAUUCGAACAUGGCCGCCAUCACAACCCUCACUAGCGAAAACUUCGACCGGCGGCUUUUCGAGUCAGUCAUGAAGCGACGGUUCUUCUUCACCGAAGCCUUCGAGAUCUACCGACUGCCCCCACACUUCAAAGGAGACAACCGCGGCCUGUUUGACUAUGGCCCGCCGGAUUGUGCCUACCAUGCCAACAUUGUGGACGCGUGGAGGAAACAUCUUGUUCUCGAGGAGAACAUGCUGGAAGUGGAUUGCACCGUGAUUACGGAGGUACUCCCGAACCAGUUCUCCGAACCAUCGGGCAUGUGGACAAGUUGGCGGACUGAAUGUGCAACGAUCCGAUCAAAGGCGACUACCUGCGAGCUGAUCAUCUUGUCGAGAACGUCCUCGAAGCACGCCUUGCUCGGGGCACUCGAGGCCACAUUCUAAAAUCACCCAAGCUGGACCAAGCGACUAUUGAUGA